AUGAAAAACUAUACAGCCAUAACCACAUUCAUCUUGCUGGGACUGACAGAUGACCCAAACCUGCAAGUUCUGCUUUUUGUAUUCUUGUUUCUCACCUACAUGAUGAGUGUGUCUGGGAACCUCACCAUCAUCACCCUCACACUUUUGGAUUCCCACCUUAAAACUCCCAUGUACUUUUUUCUCCGGAAUUUCUCUUUCUUAGAAGUUUCAUUCACCACCGUGUGUAUUCCCAGAUUCCUGUAUACUAUGAUAACUGGAGAUAAUACCAUUACCUACAACGCUUGUGCCACCCAAAUAUUUUUUGUUGUCCUCUUUGGAGCAACAGAAUUUUUUCUCCUUGCCGCCAUGUCCUAUGACCGUUACGUGGCCAUCUGUAAGCCCCUGCAUUACACAACCAUCAUGAACAGCAGAGUCUGCACUACAAUCGUUCUCUGCUGCUGGUUUGCUGGCCUGUUGAUUAUCUUCCCGCCUCUAAGCAUGGGCCUCCAGCUGGAAUUCUGCGAUUCGAAUGUGAUUGAUCAUUUUGGCUGUGAUACAUCUCCUCUUUUACAAAUAACCUGUUCGGACACAGCGUUAAUAGAGAGAGUUGUUUUGAGUUUUGCCGUGCUGACACUCAUUAUUACGUUAGUGUGCGUAGUGCUUUCCUACACAUACAUCAUCAAGACCAUUCUAAGGUUCCCUUCUGCCCAACAAAGGAAAAAGGCCUUUUCCACCUGCUCUUCCCACAUGAUUGUGGUCUCCCUCACCUAUGGCAGCUGCAUCUUCAUCUACAUCAAACCUUCAGCGAAGGAAGGAGUGGCCAUAAAUAAAGUGGUGUCUGUGCUCACCACUUCAGUUGCCCCAUUGCUCAAUCCAUUCAUUUAUACCCUUCGCAACAAACAAGUGAAAGAUGCCUUCAAGGACACCAUAAAAUGGAUUGCAUUUCUCACAAAGAAGUGA